UGGUAAAUACUAGGCCAGGAUUCCCACAAAUAAGCGAUGAAACCAUGUGGAGAGUCAUCCAGCGAGAGAACUAGGCAAAAUGGCAACGGAGGAAGAGACAGAUAACCACAAGAGUGAAGGAGAACCAGGCUUAGAAGGCAGUGUCGCGCAAAGCGAAGGGGGGCAGAAGGACAGAGAAUCGAUAAAUCCGGAUGGUACCAAAGGGAACCGGAAGAAAAUCUCAACAGGAGAAAGCUCGGGGAAAGUCGGGGGAAGCAGGCAAGGGACCCAGGGGACCAAGGAAGGCAGAAAUAAGGAUAGGACAAGCCCCCGAAACUCGGAAGGAGCCAUGCCUAAGAAAGUAAGAGUCACGGACACGAGGCGCAAACUAGCCGAGAUAGACAAGAGGACCGCGGAAUACAAGGCGAGACUGAUUGAGGAAAUGAUGACCGGGAACGAAGAAGGCUCUCUGCAGGAGGAGCCCCGGGACGAACGGCGAACCGGCCGAGGUGGGACUGGACAAGGGGAUAAAGGUAGUGACCGUGGGGGAACACUGAGCAAAAGAAGGAAAGAAGGGGAAAACUCUCCGGGGAUGGACGCGGAAAAGGCUACGACCCCGCCAGCCAUAGAUAGUAGGGUUAGCCGUCUGCCGACAGCGCCAGCAGUGACGCGAGGGUGCGAAGGACUCUGGAGCCUUAGGGAAAGAGUGUUGGGAUGGUUUGACCCAGAAGGAACUACGAAAACCAGGGAGGGACAGAAGGCCGACAAGGAAGGUCCGGAUAACAGUGUGACAGGUGAGGCCAGCAGCUCUGAGGGCGACCUUAAGAAGAUAGUGUCGUCCCUCGCGCGAGCACUAAACAAAAAUCAAGGCUACCUAGCGGAUGCUAAGAAGAAGUUGACGUUUAAUGGGGCGAACAUCGCGCAAUUUAUGAUAGAUUACGAGAAUCUGGCUGCGCUGUUGAAAUGGACCGAAGAGGAGAAGAUGGACCACCUGGGACAGCAUGUGUCUUUGAGCCUAGGAUGGGACAUAAUGGCCAUCGUAGCCGCGAGCCGGUCUUGGAAGGAGACCCGAAAUGUGAUGAUGAGGAAAUACCUAGCAGCAGAGAAAAUGGCAAUGGAGGCCGACCUAAAGCCAGUUCAAAGGAAGAACUUCGCAACGUACAAUGAUUUCCUACGGGAGUUUACUCUGGUAGCACUAAGGAUCCCCGGGGUCAUGGACCGGAUAAUGAGCAAAUAUUUCCUCAGGCAGUUCUCCGAGUUCGACAAAGACAAGAUCCUAUCAGCUUACCAACAGACGAGCAAGUUCGUAAACACGCGGGAUGUUGAUUUUAGCACGGUAACGGAUCUGGCUGAGAAAACGGUAGUAACAGAGACGUUGGCCUUGCUCAAGGAAGGAGAGGUCAUAGAUCUGACCGAUAUUCGUUUGAGCUUGCCCGACCGAGAGGGCGGCGAUGUCAUGAGAUCGCCACCCGAGACGAAGCUUAGCUUUCAUGUGUUGCCCGUAGGGAAAUUGAAAAUCCAGAUUGGGAGUCAUCAUACCGAUGCAUUAGUAGAUGGGGGAGCAGAAAUCACUCUCACAAGGAGAGAUUUCGCAACGAUCACGGGAUGUACGGUAAACAAGGAAGUAACAGGGAGCUUCCGGGGAGCUGGCGGGGAAAUCCCGUUCGCUGGGUACGUCACGAAGUGUACUGUGAAGGCAGGGGUCAGGGAAUCGAUCUGGUCGUUUCAGCGGAUGACCGUAAUGGAGGAAAUGGACCACGACAUAAUCCUCGGGAGACCGUGGUGCGCGAACGUAGAGAUGAUAGGCAUGCACUUGCACGAUGGCUCGUACAUGGUAGACAUAGAGGACCCUGUGACCGGCCGGGGAGAGCUCCUCCGACUCCUUGGAAUGGGAGGAGACCCCCCAAAGGGGAAAUUGGCAACAUGGUCGCCGUCGUUCGAGGAUAGCACGCGAAAAGGGGCUUUCGCACGGAUGGAGGGUAUGAGAGAAAUGGUAGAAAUCAUGAUUGAAGAAGCAUUCAACAAGGAGUGGAUCAAGAUGGGUCUGCCCCAGAAGAAGAGGAAAUAGGAGGACGAAGUCCUAGGUGUUAUGGUAGCAGAAAAUGAGUCAGAGGUCGAAUUUGGUGCUAGCCUACCCAAA